AUGUCAGGGGAUGAGGAGUUCUACCUGUUCAAGAACAUCUCCUCGGUGGGGCCGUGGGAUGGCCCUCAGUACCACAUUGCUCCUGCGUGGGCCUUUCACUUCCAGACGGCUUUCAUGGGCUUUGUCCUCUUUGCAGGGACGCCGCUCAAUGCUGUGGUGCUUGUUGCUACACUUCGCUAUAGGAAACUGCGCCAGCCACUCAACUACAUCUUGGUGAAUGUCUCCUUGGCUGGUUUCAUCUUCUGCACCAUCUCCGUCUUCACCGUCUUCAUCUCCAGCUCCCAAGGCUACUUCAUCUUUGGUCGCCAUGUUUGUGCUAUGGAAGCUUUCCUGGGCUCUGUGGCAGGUUUGGUGACAGGCUGGUCAUUGGCCUUCCUUGCCUUUGAGCGCUUCAUUGUCAUCUGUAAACCUUUUGGCAACUUUCGCUUCAGCUCCAAGCACGCAAUGAUGGUGGUCCUGGCUACUUGGGUCAUUGGCAUUGGUGUUUCCAUCCCACCCUUCUUUGGCUGGAGCAGGUUCAUUCCUGAGGGUCUACAGUGCUCCUGUGGCCCUGACUGGUACACAGUAGGCACAAAAUACCGCAGUGAAUACUACACUUGGUUCCUCUUCAUUUUCUGCUUCAUCAUGCCUCUCUCCCUCAUCUGCUUUUCCUAUUCCCAGCUGCUGGGAGCCCUCCGAGCUGUUGCAGCCCAACAACAAGAGUCAGUCACAACACAGAGGGCAGAGCGGGAAGUGAGUCGAAUGGUGGUGAUGAUGGUGGGCUCCUUCUGUCUUUGCUAUGUGCCCUAUGCUGCCCUGGCCAUGUACAUGGUCAACAAUCGGAACCAUGGGCUGGACCUACGGCUUGUCACCAUCCCUGCCUUCUUCUCUAAGAGUGCUUGUGUCUACAACCCCAUCAUCUAUUGCUUCAUGAACAAGCAGUUCAAUGCCUGCAUCAUGGAGAUGGUAUGUAGAAAGCCAAUGACAGAUGACUCUGACACAUCCAGCUCUCAGAAAACUGAAGUCUCCACCGUCUCCUCCAGCCAAGUUGGCCCUAGUUAAGGGAUCCCAUACUGGCUCUUAAUCUAAGAAACCUGUCUGGCGGCAAAUUUUCAAUUCCUUUGUCUCCUCUGCUCAAGACUCCUACAAGGUGGUGGCCACAUGUCGGGGUAUUAGCUAUUUUCUUCAAAUUCUUUCUACCCUCAUCUUAAUGAGACAAUGGUUAAUAGAUCUUCUCGACUAGCCUCCCUAGUCCAGUGGUUUUCCGGCUGAGAUAAAGUCAAAACUGCAUUGGUGUAGCUUCUAUUCUGAAUAUUUUCCACAAGGAAUUCUGAAAUUAUUUUCAUGUGGCUUGUGGAAUUAAUCUCAUUCCUUUAACACCAUGUCUAGGUUUCUCUAUCAGAGUUUAUCCUGGGAUCACUGUAUCCUGAGAUAAUCUCCUUUCCUCCUCUCCCUUUAUAAGGCCCUGAAAAAUGAGAUCAGAAAUAACACAUCAGGGCCAGGGCAGGGCCUGCCCUGCAAUGGCUCGCUCUUCAUGCUGCCUCCAGCCUGGCAGGUGCUUUAGUGGCUUGAUUACCAGAAACCCUGCAGCUAGCACGAGUCACUUAAGUACCACCUUUGUUCUUUUGCUAAGAUCGGGAUGUCUUAUGUACACACUUUGCAUUUUAUUCAAGAAACCCCAACCCACAGAACAAAAAUGGCAGACUAAGCCUACUUAUGAAGUUGUCCUCCUUAGAUAAGACAAUUUUACUAAAUGUCUGACCUCCAAGAAUGUCCCUAUAGCUCUCAAAAAGUCUAGGGAUCGUUAAGA